GAGUUCUGCAAUCUUGCCCUUUCUUGCCUUGGCCAUAGAAGCUUAGGGCUGGAAUUAGCUUGAAGGAGUUAGACCACUGGCACUGGGUCAGGGAGGUAAAGAGAUGGCUUAUUUUAUUACAUUUAUUUUACAGGGUGUGUGUGUGUGUUCAUGUGUGUCAUUGCAUGUGUGUGGAGGUCAGAAGACAACUUGUGGGAGUUCAUGUUCUUCUUCCACUGUGUGGCUUCUGGGGAUUGAACUCGGGUCGUCAGGCUUGACCUUAGCCCCUCCAGCUUCCACAGUGAUGGACAGUCAGUGUUCUUGCCUGGGACAGUGACAGGGACAGGGAGCAGUAAUCUAAUCCAGUGGCUAUUUGGGUGAAGGAGGAGGGAAAGAGGAGGAGAUGAGGAGGGAGAAGUCACUCUGACUUUGGCUCUGUUCUGGGAAGAGACCAUGACUAUAGGUUUCUCUCAUCUCUGACUCUGAUCAGGGGUGGAGAAUCGUCCAUAAAAAUCUUAGGUGUAAAUGUCAUCACCCCUCCCCCCCCAAGGAAAGCAAUGGAAAGGGGGCAGCUCUGGGGUGGGGGAGAGAGGGACAAUGGAGAAAGCAGACUCAGGGGAGAGGUGACUGGACACAGAGGAAGGUUCUCUUUCAUCUAGCCUGACUUCUUAGAGAUUGUCCCUUUCAAGGGUCCCCGUGCUCCUCCCCUCAUUGUUACCACACCUUUGUGCUCCUUGGCAUCCACCUCUUGGCUACUUUCUUCAGAGGCUCAACACCUCAGCCUUCCGUUUGCUCUGUCUGUCUUGCCCCACCCACCCAGUGAUUCUCAACUUCUGUUGACCGUUGCUUGGGGCAGUCAACACACCUGGAAUUAGAGGGGAGGAAGGUUGACAGGCUGUCCUUUGGCCAACUCCCUGUGACCGUCCCCCCACCUACGACACAGUCAUCCCCACCCAGGGCCAGACACCAUUCUUCCCUGAGGAAAAGGUCUCUAGGGUCCUUAUAAGAGCUCCUUUUGCUCAGGGCUCUCACUUCUUGGGCCUCUUGAGGAGGGAGGCUCUCACAGCCAGAGCCCUCUCCCCGGGAGAUGCUGGUGGCAUGGAUCCUGUUGCUGGUUCUCCAGCUCUUCUCUGUUGUUCCAGAAGUUUCUGGUCUAAGAGAGAAAAGAAGUCUCGAAUCUGGUACAAAUGGCUCCACAACUUUGCCAAGCAGCACAAAUUCAACACUUGUAGCAGCGUCCACUGACAGCAAGCAAACAAGAGAAACAGAUGUAGCCGAACAUACAAGAAGUUUGGCACGCAUGUCCAAGACAACGGAAGAUUCUCGGAGCACAGCGCCAGGACAUGGAUUAGCAACUGAAAUAGGAGACCUGAGUUCAACAUCCACAUUGGUGAUGACUGGAAACUCCCAAAGUACAGUUCCAAAAGAAGGAAUAGCAUCUGACCGAACCAUCUCACAUUUACCAUCAACACCAAGGACCACUGAAAACUCUCAAAUCACAGUUCCUACAAGUGGUACAGUUCCGACCCCUGAAAUUUCAGCAUCGACAGUCCUCACUCAGGGUACAACAACUUUCCAAAAGAACUCAACUUCAACAGAAAGAGAUGGAAAUCCUGAAACCUCGGACACCACAGGCCUGACUGAGGAUUUGACAAAUUCCUCCAAAAGGAUGAUCUCAAAAAACACAACUCAAGUUACUAGGUCCUCCCAAACAACUAUCGUCAAUGGGGAAUCUACAACCUCCCCAAACAACCAAGCAUCAACGGGAACACCUGUAUCUCCUGCCAUCACACACACAAAAUCCAAAACAGAUAUAUAUACAAAUUACCCAAGCAACUCAGAAUGGACACAUGGGACUCAGUCCACUGAGAAGGUACAAACGACAGGCUUCACUGAGGAUCCUACAAGCAUCCCAAGGAGGUCAAUUUCAAUAGAAACGACUGCACCUCAAGAUACCUCCAAAACCAAAGCCCUUACUAAAGAAAGUAAAACCUGGACAAGCAGCCAAAUUUCAACACUUCAAACUCAACCAACUGAAAACUCUCAAACAAUACUCUUGGCUCACGAAUCUACAACCUACCCAAGCGGGAGAAUUUUCAUAGAAACAACUAUGACCACGAGCAACUUACACACUGCAGCACAAACUGAGACAUUCACAAGUUCCCCAAGCAGUCUCAUUUCAACACAAGACAGUCAAAUAAGUUUUAGAACAACCUUGACUGAGGCAAUCAAACGCAGAACAAUUUCCACAGAGACAUCUGUAGCUCCUGACACCUCAUUCUCCACAGUGCUAACUGAUGUGUCUACAACCUCCGAAACAAUGAAUAUUUCAACAGAAGAAACUCACGGGGCUGUGAUUACACAAAGAAUGUUCAUUCCAGGACCUUCCAAAUUCAUAAACACUUCCCAGUCCACAGAACCAGCUGUAACCUCCCACACCUCACUCUCCAGUGAGACGAGUGGUUCAUCUGCCAUCUCUUCAAGCAGCUCAAUUUCAACACAAACCACUGGUGGAACUGAGACUUCCCAAACAGUCUUUGCUCUGGGCUCUACAACCUUCCCCACCAGCUCUAGGUCCACAGAAACAACUCCACUUCCUGAGUCCUCUUACACAUCGCUCCUGAAUGAAGCUUCUACCCCUGUCCCAAGAACCUCAGUGUCCAGUCAGACCAUGGGGACAUCCCAAAGAGUCUUCACUCAGGAAUCUACAUCACUGACAGGUAGCUCUGGUUCAACGGAAACCACCGUCCCAUCUGACACCUCCUUCACCACAGCCUCGACUGAGGCCCCUCAGACCUGGACAAGCAGCCAAAUUUCUACCCUUGGGACUCCACCGACUGAGAAUUCUCACACAAUAGUCUUGACUCAGGAGUCUACGACCUACCCAAGCAGGCCAACUUCCACAGAAACAACCGUGCCCACCGACACCUCCACCACUACAGCACAAACUGAGACAUCUGCAGCGUCAGCCAGCAGCCCAAUUUCAACACCACGAAGUCAAACAGCUUCCCAAACAGUCUUGACUGCGGAAUCCACCACCUGGAGAAGCAGCUCAAUUUCCACCGAGACACCUGUAGCUCCUGAAACAUCGUUCUCCACAGCGCUGACUGAUGUGUCUACAACCUCCCCAGCAAGGACUGCUUCAACUAACGAAACUCACGGGACUGUGACUUCCCAAACAGGGUUCACUCCGGGAUCUGCCACCUUCCCAACAAGCUCGUGGUCCACAGAACCCGCUGUAACUUCUGAGACCUCCUACACUUCAGCUGACAACGAGGCUUCUACAGCUUCCCCAAGCACAGUGAUUUCAACUCAAGCAACACAAACAAUUGGCACAUCCCAAACUGUCCCCACUCAGGAAUCUACAACUCUCCCGACAGAGUCAGUUUCCACAGAAACGGCUGGAUCACCUCCGAUGACCCAUACCACGUCUCUAACGGAGACCUCCACAGCAUCUCCUGGCGCCCCAAUUUCAACACAAGGAACUGAAACCUCUGAGAAGCCCCAAACCAUCUUCACUCAGGAAACUACUACCUACCCACACACCACAAUUUCCACAGAGACAGCGGUGCCUCCUGACACCUCACCCUCCACAGCUGUGACUGGUACAUUCACCACCUCCACAACAGUCCCGGUUUCAACCCAAGAAACUCAAGCAACCGACACUUCCCAAACAGCCCUCACACAGGAAUCAACAACGUUCCCUUCAAGCACAUUUUCCACAGAUACAUCUGUACCUCCUGACAUCUUGCUCUCCACAGCCCUGAGUGACUACUUUACAACCUCUCCCACAAUCACAGUUUCAACACAAGAACCUCGUGAAACUGAGACUUCACACACCAUGUUCACACCGGGAUCUACAACCUUCCCAACCAGCUCCCAGUCCACAGAAACAGCUGUCACCUCCCACACCCCACUCUCCACUGAGACGAGUGGUUCAUCUGCCAUCUCUUCAAGCAGCUCAAUUUCAACACAAACCACUGGUGGAACUGAGACUUCCCAAACAGUCUUUGCUCUGGGCUCUACAACCUUCCCCACCAGCUCUAGGUCCACAGAAACAACUCUGCUUCCUGAGUCCUCUUACACAUCGCUCCUGAAUGAAGCUUCUACCCCUGUCCCAAGAACCUCAGUGUCCAGUCAGACAAUGGGGACAUCCCAAAGAGUCUUCACUCAGGAAUCUACAUCACUGACAGGUAGCUCUGGUUCAACGGAAACCACCGUCCCAUCUGACACCUCCUUCACCACAGCCACGACUGAGGCCCCUCAGACCUGGACAAGCAGCCAAAUUUCUACCCUUGGGACUCCACCGACUGAGAAUCCUCAAACAAUAGUCUUGACUCAGGGGUCUACGACCUACCCAAGCAGGCCAACUUCCACAGAAACAACCGUGCCCACCGACACCUCCACCACUACAGCACAAACUGAGACAUCUGCAGCGUCAGCCAGCAGCCCAAUUUCAACACCACGAAGUCAAACAGCUUCCCAAACAGUCUUGACUGAGGAAUCCACCACCUGGAGAAGCAGCUCAAUUUCCACCGAGACAGCUGUAGCUCCUGAAACAUCGUUCUCCAUAGCGCUGACUGAUGUGUCUACAACCUCCCCAGCAAGGACUGCUUCAACUAACGAAACUCACGGGACUGUGACUUCCCAAACAGGGUUCACUCCGGGAUCUGCCACCUUCCCAACAAGCUCGUGGUCCACAGAACCCGCUGUAACUUCUGAGACCUCCUACACUUCAGCUGACAACGAGGCUUCUGCAGCUUCCCCAAGCACAGUGAUUUCAACUCAAGCAACACAAACAAUUGGCACAUCCCAAACUGUCCCCACUCAGGAAUCUACAACUCUCCCGACAGGGUCAGUUUCCACAGAAACGGCUGGAUCACCUCCGAUGACCCAUACCACGUCUCUAACGGAGACUUCCACAGCAUCUCCUGGCGCCCCAAUUUCAACACAAGGAACUCAAACCUCUGAGAAGCCCCAAACCAUCUUCACUCAGGAAACUACUACCUACCCACACACCACAAUUUCCACAGAGACAGCGGUGCCUCCUGACACCUCACCCUCCACAGCUGUGACUGGUACAUUCACCACCUCCACAACAGUCCCGGUUUCAACCCAAGAAACUCAAGCAACCGACACUUCCCAAACAGCCCUCACACAGGAAUCAACAACGUUCCCUCCAAGCACACUUUCCACAGAUACAUCUGUACCUCCUGACAUCUUGCUCUCCACAGCCCUGAGUGACUACUUUACAACCUCUCCCACAAUCACAGUUUCAACACAAGAACCUCGUGAAACUGAGACUUCACACACCAUGUUCACACCGGGAUCUACAACCUUCCCAACCAGCUCCCAGUCCGCAGAAACAGCUGUCACCUCCCACACCCCACUCUCCACUGAGACGAGUGGUUCAUCUGCCAUCUCUUCAAGCAGCUCAAUUUCAACACAAACCACUGGUGGAACUGAGACUUCCCAAACAGUCUUUGCUCUGGGCUCUACAACCUUCCCCACCAGCUCUAGGUCCACAGAAACAACUCUACAUCCUGAGUCCUCUUACACAUCGCUCCUGAAUGAAGCUUCUACCCCUGUCCCAAGAACCUCAGUGUCCAGUCAGACAAUGGGGACAUCCCAAAGAGUCUUCACUCAGGAAUCUACAUCACUGACAGGUAGCUCUGGUUCAACGGAAACCACCGUCCCAUCUGACACCUCCUUCACCACAGCCUCGACUGAGGCCCCUCAGACCUGGACAAGCAGCCAAAUUUCUACCCUUGGGACUCCACCGACUGAGAAUCCUCAAAAAAUAGUCUUGACUCUGGAGUCUACGACCUACCCAAGCAGGCCAACUUCCACAGAAACAACCGUGCCCACCGUCACCUCCACCACUACAGCACAAACUGAGACAUCUGCAGCGUCAGCCAGCAGCCCAAUUUCAACACCACGAAGUCAAACAGCUUCCCAAACAGUCUUGACUGCGGAAUCCACCACCUGGAGAAGCAGCUCAAUUUCCACCGAAACAGCUGUAGCUCCUGAAACAUCGUUCUCCACAGCGCUGACUGAUGUGUCUACAACCUCCCCAGCAAGGACUGCUUCAACUAACGAAACUCACGGGACUGUGACUUCCCAAACAGGGUUCACUCCGGGAUCUGCCACCUUCCCAACAAGCUCGUGGUCCACAGAACCCGCUGUAACUUCUGAGACCUCCUACACUUCAGCUGAGAACGCGGCUUCUGCAGCUUCCCCAAGCACAGUGAUUUCAACUCAAGCAACACAAACAAUUGGCACAUCCCAAACUGUCCCCACUCAGGAAUCUACAACUCUCCCGACAGAGUCAGUUUCCACAGAAACGGCUGGAUCACCUCCGAUGACCCAUACCACGUCUCUAACGGAGACUUCCACAACAUCUCCUGGCGGCCCAAUUUCAACACAAGGAACUCAAACCUCUGAGAAGCCCCAAACCAUCUUCACUCAGGAAACUACUACCUACCCACACACCACAAUUUCCACAGAGACAGCGGUGCCUCCUGACACCUCACCCUCCACAGCUGUGACUGGUACAUUCACCACCUCCACAACAGUCCCGGUUUCAACCCAAGAAACUCAAGCAACCGACACUUCCCAAACAGCCCUCACACAGGAAUCAACAACGUUCCCUCCAAGCACACUUUCCACAGAUACAUCUGUACCUCCUGACAUCUUGCUCUCCACAGCCCUGAGUGACUACUUUACAACCUCUCCCACAAUCACAGUUUCAACACAAGAACCUCGUGAAACUGAGACUUCACACACCAUGUUCACACCGGGAUCUACAACCUUCCCAACCAGCUCCCAGUCCACAGAAAGAGCUGUCACCUCCCACACCUCACUCUCCACUGAGACGAGUGGUUCAUCUGCCAUCUCUUCAAGCAGCUCAAUUUCAACACAAACCACUGGUGGAACUGAGACUUCCCAAACAGUCUUUGCUCUGGGCUCUACAACCUUCCCCACCAGCUCUAGGUCCACAGAAACAACUCUACUUCCUGAGUCCUCUUACACAUCGCUCCUGAAUGAAGCUUCUACCCCUGUCCCAAGAACCUCAGUGUCCAGUCAGACAAUGGGGACAUCCCAAAGAGUCUUCACUCAGGAAUCUACAUCACUGACAGGUAGCUCUGGUUCAACGGAAACCACCGUCCCAUCUGACACCUCCUUCACCACAGCCACGACUGAGGCCCCUCAGACCUGGACAAGCAGCCAAAUUUCUACCCUUGGGACUCCACCGACUGAGAAUCCUCAAACAAUAGUCUUGACUCAGGGGUCUACGACCUACCCAAGCAGGCCAACUUCCACAGAAACAACCGUGCCCACCGACACCUCCACCACUACAGCACAAACUGAGACAUCUGCAGCGUCAGCCAGCAGCCCAAUUUCAACACCACGAAGUCAAACAGCUUCCCAAACAGUCUUGACUGAGGAAUCCACCACCUGGAGAAGCAGCUCAAUUUCCACCGAGACAGCUGUAGCUCCUGAAACAUCGUUCUCCACAGCGCUGACUGAUGUGUCUACAGCCUCCCCAGCAAGGACUGCUUCAACUAACGAAACUCACGGGACUGUGACUUCCCAAACAGGGUUCACUCCGGGAUCUGCCACCUUCCCAACAAGCUCGUGGUCCACAGAACCCGCUGUAACUUCUGAGACCUCCUACACUUCAGCUGACAACGAGGCUUCUACAGCUUCCCCAAGCACAGUGAUUUCAACUCAAGCAACACAAACAAUUGGCACAUCCCAAACUGUCCCCACUCAGGAAUCUACAACUCUCCCGACAGAGUCAGUUUCCACAGAAACGGCUGGAUCACCUCCGAUGACCCAUACCACGUCUCUAACGGAGACUUCCACAGCAUCUCCUGGCGCCCCAAUUUCAACACAGGGAACUCAAACCUCUGAGAAGCCCCAAACCAUCUUCACUCAGGAAACUACUACCUACCCACACACCACAAUUUCCACAGAGACAGCGGUGCCUCCUGACACCUCACCCUCCACAGCUGUGACUGGUACAUUCACCACCUCCACAACAGUCCCGGUUUCAACCCAAGAAACUCAAGCAACCGACACUUCCCAAACAGCCCUCACACAGGAAUCAACAACGUUCCCUUCAAGCACAUUUUCCACAGAUACAUCUGUACCUCCUGACAUCUUGCUCUCCACAGCCCUGAGUGACUACUUUACAACCUCUCCCACAAUCACAGUUUCAACACAAGAACCUCGUGAAACUGAGACUUCACACACCAUGUUCACACCGGGAUCUACAACCUUCCCAACCAGCUCCCAGUCCGCAGAAACAGCUGUCACCUCCCACACCUCACUCUCCACUGAGACGAGUGGUUCAUCUGCCAUCUCUUCAAGCAGCUCAAUUUCAACACAAACCACGGGUGGAACUGAGACUUCCCAAACAGUCUUUGCUCUGGGCUCUACAACCUUCCCCACCAGCUCUAGGUCCACAGAAACAACUCUACUUCCUGAGUCCUCUUACACAUCGCUCCUGAAUGAAGCUUCUACCCCUGUCCCAAGAACCUCAGUGUCCAGUCAGACAAUGGGGACAUCCCAAAGAGUCUUCACUCAGGAAUCUACAUCACUGACAGGUAGCUCUGGUUCAACGGAAACCACCGUCCCAUCUGACACCUCCUUCACCACAGCCACGACUGAGGCCCCUCAGACCUGGACAAGCAGCCAAAUUUCUACCCUUGGGACUCCACCGACUGAGAAUCCUCACACAAUAGUCUUGACUCAGGGGUCUACGACCUACCCAAGCAGGCCAACUUCCACAGCAACAACCGUAUCUCCUGAUACCUCACCCUCCAGAGCCCUGAAUGAUACAUCUUCAACCUCUCCAUGGUUCCUAAUUUCAACACAAGGAACUCAGGCAACUGAAACUUCCCAAACGGUCUUCAGCCCUGUAUCUCUAACCUUUCCUACACGUUCAUGGUCUACAGAAAGAGGUAUAACUACUGAAACCUCAUUCAAUUCAACAAUGAGUGAUCCUUCAACACCUUCUCCAAGAAACCCAGUUUCAACUCAAGUGUCUCAAACAACAGAGACAUCCCAUACAGUCUUCCCUCAGGAGUCCAUAUCUUUCCCAACAGCAUCAAUUUCGACAGAAACAUCUGUACCACCUGAGGUCACCCAUACCCCCUUUCCACCUGAGGCAUAUACAACUUUCCCUAGCACCCCAGUUUCAACACAGGAAACUCAAUCCACUCAGACUUCCCAAACAGUGUUCACUCAGGAAUCUACAACCUUCCCUACAAGAUUGGUUUCCACAGAAACAGCUGUAACCCACAUCACAAACCAACCUGAGGGAGCUACAACACACCCAAGCAGCCUGAUGUCAACACUGAGAACUCCACCCAGUCAGACUGACCAAACCACAAUCUUCCCUCAGGAAACUGUGACCUCCCAAAGCAGCCCAAUUUCAAUUGAAUCUUCUGUACCUCCUGAGGUCAGCCACAUCUCAGCCUUGACUGAGGCAUCUGCAACCUCCUCCCCAAGCCGUCCAACUUCAACCCAAGCAACUCAAGCAUCUGAGACAUCUCCAACAGCCUUCCCACAGGCAUCUACAACCUUUCCAAGUAGUGGGAUUUCAAUGGACACUAGUCACCCUACUUCGAGCUCUCAAUCGACCACCAUUCCUGCUGAAUCAACAUUUUCUAUCCCAGCAUCAUCAGAAACAUCGCCGACUUUUUCCACUCUGCCACUAAGUAAGUUUCAUGCGAUUGACUCUGUGUUUCUCUCUUAGGGCUUAGUUCUUAAUCAUCUUUUUCUGUGUGGACAUAAAAAGAUGUCACGUGACUCUGACCUAUAUAGCUAUCGAUGUAUAUUUCUCACACUGAUAUGUGUUUUCUUUGGUAUGAGGUUAGGGAUGCUGGAACAGCAUCGCCAUGUGCUCAGGCUGCAUUCAAUCUUGUGAUCCUUCUGCCUCAGCCUCCUGAGUGCUGUGAAUCCAAGUGUAAGUCACCAUGCUCAACAUGUUGUUGCUGUUGUUUGAUUCAUAGGGUUUCUUCCUCCC